GCAUCUUGGAUAUCAGGGGUUUGACCAACAUGGCGGCCAGAUCUGAAUCAUACCUAAAACAGGGGAAGGGAGAGAGUGUGCAUGAAGAGAAGGAUUCUCCGCGCACCCACAAGUGUGGCGAGUGCGGCAAGGCGUUUCGCUUCCUGUGUCAUUUCAAGCGACACAUGCUGACUCACACGGGUGAGAAACCGUAUCAAUGCGAGGAAUGUAGCAGGUGCUUUAGUCUGCUGGGUCAACUGAGGUCUCAUAUCAGGACCCACACCGGUGAGAAACCCUACACGUGUGAGGAAUGUAAUAAAAGCUUCAGUCGGCUGAGUAAUCUACAGAGACACAGGCGGACUCACACGGGUGAGAAACCUUACCGAUGUGAGGAAUGUGACAAAAGCUACAGUCAGCUGAGUCAGCUGAAGAGACACAUGCGGAUCCACACCGGUGAGAAGCCGUAUCAAUGUGAGGAAUGCAGCAGGUGCUUCAGAAUGCUGGUUCACCUGAGGUCUCAUAUCAGGACCCACACCGGUGAGAAACCCUACACGUGUGAGGAGUGCAGCAGGCAGUUCAGCGACCUGGGUACUCUGAAGCGACACAUGCGGACUCACACUGGUGAGAAACCGUACACAUGUGAGGAGUGCAGCAGACAGUUCAGAGACCUGGGUACUCUGAAGCGACACAUUCGGACUCACACAGGUGAGAAACCGUACAGAUGUGAGGAGUGCAGCAGACAGUUCAGUGUGCUUCAUAGUCUGAAGAAACACAAGCGGACUCAUACAGGUGAAAAGCAAUACAAGUCUGAAGAGUGCCGCAAGCAGUUUAGUCAGCUGUCAAAUCUUAAGAGACACAUGAGGACUCACACAGGUGAGAAACCCUACAGGUGUGGGGAGUGCAGCAGGUGGUUCAGCGAGCUGGGUAAUCUGAAGAAACACAUGCAGACUCACACUGGUGAGAAACCGUAAGAGUGUGGCAGGCAGUUCAGCAGGCUGGGUCAUCUGAAGCUUCGAAGACACGCGUGCGCACUCAGAGAGCGCACAACCCGUAGAUGUCUUAAACAGGCAACAAAAAAACUCAUUCCGGAGAAAAGCCUGUCAGUUUCUUUAUAAAGGUUACUGAGUGGGGAUGUUUUAAAUGUCCUUACUGUUUGAUCUCAUCGUGUUCUUCUUCUUCAAACGAAACCGUUUAUUAUUUUUACUAUUUUUUUCUGCCAGUAGUGUAUUCUAUACAUGAUUCCAAUGCAAUAGUUAACAAUAUCGGUGAUUUUAUAUCACGGUCGUUUUCUAACUCCGUAGCCUGUUGAUUAGAGUUAGAAGCCGUGUGUAAAAUGUGAAGGUGUAGUAGUUAGAUAAUAGUUACAUGACAGGACACCGUUCAUUUAACGUCAAAGCGUCAUUAUCCGUCUGUUAUAGAACUUAGUUAACUACGUGUUUUCGUGUUUUAGUAUCUGUAAAUACACUAGAUCUUUAGCGUUUAGUUACAGUUGGAGCAUGUUACUUAUUAACGAAUGAAAAUGUAGUUUGUUUUACUGCAAUUCUGUAAGGUAGAGGUAGCAUAGAGUUAGAGAUUUGUCAACUUCGGCAUCUCAUUCUAAACAAUAAAGCGCAUUAUGUGCCUAAUUUGUUUGUUAUCGUCGCUUUCUUUUUUUCCAU